AUGGUCACAACAAAAUUGGAAGACAUCAAAGACAAGGCGAGGAAGAUAGUUGAUUUGCCGGACGGAGAGUUUAACAGUUUGGUAUUGCAGGCGCGUCACUACAGUCUCGCACCAGCAGGCUCAACAAUGACCUGCCGCAGAGAGUCCCCUACUAAAGCAUGGACGCAGCCCAGCAAGGAUGUAGAGAGUGAAGACGAUGAAGUGAAGUUCAACUACAGUAGUGGUCGGGGAAGCCGAUUUGAUACAUCUACAAAAAUCAGUACACGAUCAUCAGAAUCGGAUACACGUAGAUUUGACGAUGAUUCAGGAGUUUGUAACUCAAGUAAGGCAACAAAUAGUAUCGACAGUCUGAGUGACCAGGAUGGAAGUGAUGACGAAGGAAGGGGCGUGUCAUUUGAUUAUUAUCCACCCCAGAUAAAAAUACGCUCGGGCUGUGGACUUAAUUUAGACUAUGACGAAGCUCAUGAGGUUAAAUCAGAUCAUUCAUCGCAAGAUGUGAAUUCGCCUCGGAGUGAUAUUUCCGAAGGUAUUGAAAUGACUACCUUUAAUAGCAGAGAAAUAGUCGAUGAUGACGAUGACGAGUUUAAUUUUAGACGCGAUACUGUCAGUUACCAGGACGAUUUUAAUACUUCGGGAGAAAGUGAAGACGAUAAUUCAUUCAGACACAAAUACUAUAAUAUGGGUUACAGACCUCUUAACAAGGAUGUUCCGACAUUCCAGCCAACAUUUGAAUCUUUAGGCUCUUCCUCAUUGCGUGGUAGUGAUGUGGAUCGAGGCAUAAAUUUUUCAAGUUUGAAAGAAGGGACAUCUCAGUAUAGCCGUUAUUCUUCUUAUCAAAACCCUCAGUUCAGUAGUGAUAGAGUGAAAAUAGAGAAAAACAGUUAUAAAAGAGAUAAACAAGAGCCUCCAUUCGGUCGUGGAGCUGAACAAUUUGACAAAGUGGCUAGUUCAAUAGGGCCAUUGAUAUCCCAAGUGCCAAGUGAUGAGGUCAAAAAUAUGCCAGAGGGAAGAAAACUAGAACCACUUCAAAGAGAGGACCCAAAACGAAAGAAAAAGAAGAAAAAAGGUGGAAAAGAUGAUGCGCCAGUUGGCACAGAUGAAAACGGCAACCCAAUCGAAACCCGUAGCGUGAAUCCGGCGCAGUACAAACAAAUGAGAGAGUCACCCUCAAGUGGGGGUGGCACAGUGGCUAAUCAACCAUUCGAAAGUUAUGGAACCUUUCCUUUAGGACAUCUCACCCGAUCUGAUUAUGGUUCAAAUAAAGAAACUGAAAACGAUAAUGCAACUAAAGCAUUGAGGCGUCGUAAGAAAAAACAAGAAAAAGAGCAGCAGCUGCAGAAAAAGUCAGAGGACAUUGAAAAUUAUAAGGGUGAUAAAUCACUGGAGGAAGUAUUAAGUUUCAUAGGUGGUGGGCAGAAUGAUUCAAAUAAAAAGGCAAAGAAAAACUCAAAUGUUGUCGAAGAAAUUCCAAGUAAAACACAAAAAUCAAAUAAGAAAAAUAAAGACAAGAAACAAAAAUCUCCUGUUGCCUCCAGUUCGGUAGAGGAGGUUGAGGAAAAGGGGAGCGACUUUGCUCAACCUGCCCUUGCUGGUGUUGAAACCCAAGGCGGGGAAGACAAUAUGGGAAACUCUAGUGGUAAAGCUGAUGUUGAUAUUGUGGAAAAUGGUGAUGUGGAUAGUUUAUAUUCAAGUUCUGAAAAAGUUGCUAAGUCAUCGCUCAAACAAAAUGAUAAAAUUGAUAUGUCUAAACAUGCUAUUUAUGUUAAUAAUGAUAAACUUGCAAAAGGUGCAAUUUGUAGGGAAAGUGUGAAAGAGAAGGAGCCUUCUGCUACCAAUAACAAAAGAGAUAUUGUGACCGGAAGUGGGGUAGAAAACAACAAAAAGAAAUCUGAUAAACCAGCCAAAGCCUCAAAGAUGGAUAAAUCAGAAUUGCCUGGAACUAAAUCAGAUCAUGAUAUGUUAAAAUUAGAUGCUAGCUUAAUAAAUAAUGUCACAGUUAAACAGAAAAAUGCUAAGAACAAGAAGAAUAAGUCCUUAAGUCCGCCUAUAAAGGCUGAGAGUGAGCUUUCUUUUGCAGAUAUGAAUCAUCAGCCAGUACUUGCUAGCUUUGAAGCUUCAGAAAAUCUUGUUGAUGAUGCUUUCAUAUUUACUGAUUUAGAGGUCCCUCAAGUUCCAAAAGAGGAUGAAUUUCAAGUUGUUGGUAAGAAAAAGAAGAAAGUUACUAAAGAAGUUGUUCCUCAGAAUCAUUUUAUGACAAACAAUGGUAAUAGUAAACCUGGUCGUAGACAUGAAGACAAACGUCCAGUUCUGUCUCAGUCUAGUAACAAAGCAUCAGUGCCUAGCAUUGUUCCUCCCUCAUCUAUGGUAGAGGGUGAUGCUCGUUUAAGAGAUUUAAGUCCAUCGGCAUUUCCAGCCCUUACAAGUGGCAAAGGUAGACAAUCAGUGCAAGAAGGUCGCAGAAAUUCUACUGGUGAUGUUCCCAUUCCAUCUGGUUUAAAAUCCCAAGACGAUAGUGAUCUUGAAUCUGUUAAGUCACUCCCUGCCACUCAAGGCAGUCAAGCUGUUGACAGUAUUCUGUCACCAAGACUAUCAUACGCAAAGAUGGCCGCCGGACCAAAAGUUCCGGACUCGUGUAGCUCAUCGGAGAAACGUUCGUCUCUGGAUAGUGGUGAUUGUGAACAUGAUCACAAAAAAUCUGUCUGGAAAGGCAGCCCCACUGAAAGAAGACAUUCUAUAGGUUCUAGUCCAGAGGUAUUGAACAAAGUUACUGGUGUUCAAUCCAGUGUUGCUACCUCCACUGUGAAGACAGGUAGUCAAGAACAUAUUGUUUCAGAUGUCAUUGUAAUUUUGGAGAAAGGUGCUGCUAGUGUUGCUAAUACUGCAGUGACAGAUAAGGAAGAGACAAACUCAGACAUGAAAAAUGUAAAGGAGCCUAGUGUGCAAAAUAAAGAAAUUACUUCACUAAGUGAAGCUAAUAGAACAGUUAAAACAAGUCCAGUUCAAAUGAAGUCAUCUAUUAUUUCACCAAAUAAAAGUACAGACAGUAGUACUGUGCAUGCUAGUAGUGUAGGAAAUUCACAAGUGACGCUUACAAGCAAACAGUCACAGUUUUGUAAUAAUGAAUCGGAAACGAAUUCCACUUAUUCAGUUUACAAUAAUAAAGAUAAUAGUGUAACAAAUUCUAAUGUGAUUAGUAAAGGUAAAACCUGUUCUAAUAAUGGUUCUAAUGGUAGGAAACAGAAGUCUGUGAUCUUCUUAGAUAAACGUGUAGAAGAGACCCCAGAGAACUUGGGCAUAUCCUUUGGUUUUGAGAUAGAUAACUUAGUUAAACCAGGAAAUUCUGGCCCUCAUGACUCUCCUGUAAUUGAUCAGUCAGAACAAGUUAUGCAGAAAUCUGAAUGCCAUUCAGCCUGUGAAAAUGUUCAAUUUGUAGACUUAAAUUUUUAUUCCAAUGAUUUAAAAUCAGAACCAAAAGAUGCUAGUGAUGUUGUUAUUAGUGGCACAUCUUCCAAUUCUAGUGUGAUAUCUAAAUAUGUUAGCAACACGGAUAAAGCAAUUAAUUCACUUAGUAGUUCAAAUAAUGAAAUUGUUAACCCAGUGACAAAACUAGUUCGAAUUAAUGGAAUAAUUCCUCCUCAGGGUCAUAGUUCAAACCUUGUGAAAGAAGUUACGGAGAAUGUUUCGGUAAAUAUCGGAGGUUCAGGGGAGAAAGUUGAUACUGAACAAGCCAUUCCAGAGACAACUGAGGAUAAAAAUGUAGAAUAUGUGUAUUAUGGUGAAAGCGUAGUGUCAUUAAAGAAGGAUAUAGUAGUGCCAAGUCUGAAUAACGGGCCAACAAGAUAUUGUGGCCUUGUACAUUACAUUCAGGAGACAGAUUUGCGCAGUAACUUCAACGUGGCAGAAGCAGCAGCAUUUUUAACAAGAGAAUGGGACAGAACUUUACAGUUGCAAGAAAAAGACCCCGAUAGUGUCAAAGUUCAUCAAAACUAGAGGUUUUUCCAUUCAUUUCUGUCCUGGUGGAUUAUUGAUGAAAAAACAAAACAAAAACUUGUCUUCACCACAUUCUGUGAUGUGAUUUUCUGGAUUGAAAUGCCUGCUUUGUGCGGUUUAUAUGCCUGCUUUAUGUGGAGUAAUUCACCUGCUUUGUUUGGAGAAAAUGGACAAGAGUGUAAGGAAAAAAACAACAUUUUGGUACAUGAGGAGUAUAUGCAUACAUUUGUGAAGAAGUUAUCCCUCCAUGCCUAGUUUGUUAUAGAGAAUAUGCCUUCUUUUGUCAGAAUGAGGGGGAGUAGGCCUUCUUUGUCAGAAUGAGGGAGAGUAUGCUUUCUUUGUCAGAAUGACAGAGAAUUUGCCUCUUUUGUCAGAUUGACAGAGAAUAUGCCUCUUUGUCAGAUUGACAGAGAAUAUGCCUCUUUUGUCAGAGUGACAGAAUUUGCCUUUGUUGUCAGAUUAGGUUUUGGCUAUUGAAGGUAUUGUGCUGCAAAAUUUACACCAAUUGGAUAAGAUUGCUAGUUGUUUGUGUAUUCAUUUUUAGAAUGUUUAAAAAAAAAACGAAAUAUGCAUACUGUAUUCAUAUCGGCUGCAGAUUCAUGCUCUAUGCCUGCCAAUUCAUGCGCUCAGUUAUUGCCAUGAUACAAAAUUUUUGUUCAUUUUAGAAACAAAACUGUAGAAAAAACACAAAGAUAGAAUAAUAACCAGAAUUCAAUUAUGUAUUACAUGUAUAUCAAAAUCUGAAGGGAAAAAAAAAAUAUUUUUUUUUACAGUAUUUAUAAUUAUAGGAUAUUUAAUUUCUUAUUUUUUCUCUUUACUUUUUCAUUUUGCUUUAUUUAUGAUAAAGAUUGCAUUCUUUUUGAAAGAAGUGCUUUAUUUUAAAUGUUUUGUGUUUUUUUGUAAUGUUUGUUUUUCCUUCAUGAUCAAUUUAAUCAUGUUUAAGCAAUUUCUUAUAUAAGAUUUACUUGAGCAUCGUUUUCAUUCUCCAAAGGUGCAGACUACACUAUUGAUAUUUACUUAUAUUGGAUGGACUCUUGCAUUGUGUGUGUGUUUUUUUUUCAAGGGGUUUGUUUUAUGUUGCAAUGACAUUUAGCAAAGCUAAGAUAUUUAUAGAAAUAAGGAAUGGGGAAGUGGGUGGGGCGGGGAGAAUAUUUAUGAUAUUUAUGCCAAUGAAUAGCAUAAAUGCUGCCAGUAUUUUAACUCGACUGUCACAUUGAAUCACUCUAACAUUAAGUAACACAUGCAAAAGCUUCUCAAAACAAGUGAUUAUAUCAAUAGUUGAUUUUGAUUUAUUCCUAAAUAUCUUAUUUUCAAGGUGGAACACCAGUUAUUUACUGGUCUGAUUUUGUUGAGAUUGUUUUCUUAAAAGAGUGAUAUUUGUUUGUUUUUAAAUGCAGUACUACUUGUUUUUCUAGAAGACUACAGUUGGAUCAGAUAGGGGAGUUGGGCUGUUCUUUGGUGUUUCAUGAAGCCUGAUAAGCUUAUGGGUUUUCUUCUAUUAAAAGAUGAAUUUAUUAUUGUCAAUAAUAAAUUGAUAAAAUGUUAAUUUUUUGAAAACCUCAAGGGAUAUACAAACUAACUAGGUAUGUGGUGAUGCAAAAUCUGCCCCAAAAAGGGAGUGAAACAUUUUUUUUUUUAAUCUUUGGCACUUGUCUAUUUUCCUGUUGCCAUUUAUUCAGGAUUUAACAAAAACCAACCAGUGUCUUUUCUUGUAAGGAUUUUUUAUUUUUAGCUCGACUAUUCGAUAAGAAUAAGUAGAGCUAUUGUAGUCACCCGACCGUCGGCGUCGGCGUAACCACUUAUGUUAAAGUUUUUGUAAUAGUUUUAAUAUUUUCAAAGUCCAUUGACAUAUGGCUUUGAAACUUUGCACACUUGUUCACCAUCAUGACCCCAACCUGUAGACAGGAGGAGGUAACUCUAUCAAGCAUUUUGACAGAAUUAUGCCCCUUUUUCGACUUAGAAUUUACGUUAAAGUUUUUCUAAUAGUUCAAAUAUUUUCCAAGUCCAUUGACAUAUGGCUUUGAAACUUUGCACACUUGUUCACCAUCAUGACCCCAACCUGUAAACAGAAGGAGGUAACUGUAUCAAGCAUUUUUUUUUACUAUCAAGCACUAAGAAUAGUCGAGCGUUGCUGUCCUACCGACAGCUCUUGUUUUUUCAGUAUUCAAUCUUAUAUUUUCUAGUAAUGUAGAUUGACCAAAACAUGAGAAAAUCCCUUUUCUGAUCUUAUAGCUAUGAAAUAUGCCUGACAAUGUUUUGUUAUAGUUUUCUGUUAUUAAGAUGUGAUAUUAAUAGGUAUUGUGUCCUUGACCUUCAGAAGCAGGGUUAUUGUUUCGGCACCCGUCUGUUAAUUUUAUUUUUUUUUGUCCGUCUUGAUCUUUCAGUUUGUUUGUUGAAUUAGUGUCAGCGUACUCAAAGCAAAACAAUGUAACAAGAGUUGUUCGGUGUAUUACGUUACAUUGUUUAACCCUUAACCUGCUAAAUGUCUUAAAUGGACUUGUCCAUCGUUCAAUGCAGACAAACCUAUUUGUCAUUUUUAGGUAACAUUUCUAAAUAUAUAAUGCACUCUUUAGGUGAUUGGCAUUACAAAUAUAAAAAUUAUAAGUUUGCUGCAGAAAAUUGGAUUUAAUACAAAAUCCAGUAGCUUGUAACCAGAGCAGUGUAGACCCUGAUCAGAUGGCAUAGAUGUGCUCUCUGAUCUUGGUUUGCACUGGUAGUAUAGGUUGAAUUUGUUGCCACCUGUAUUAUUAGGAUUAACAUCUUUAUGGAAAACCAGAAUUAAGACAUAAAUUUUUGCAACUUAAUAGCUUGACUUUUUUUUU